AGCAGCAUCUUGUGCGUCAGAGAGGACGUGGUAGGAUAGUUGGAGCGCGCGCCCGCCCGCACGAAUAGCAAUAACAGCAUUUUCAGCCACAUCGCUCGAUUCACGCCAUGCAUAUAACACGGGAAAAUGAAACGGGACUGGCACGGCAUAGAAUGUAAGACAUUUGUCGUGUAUCUUACCUCUUAAUGCUUCCUAUAAUUUAUGAUUAACAAGAUUUGGGACGUUGCAACACAGUCACCAGAUCUCAGGGAAUAAUUGAGUGUUAACUGCCACAUACCCUAAUUCACCUGAGCAGCAUGCCAGAGCAGAGUAACGAUUACCGGGUGGUGGUGUUUGGAGCAGGGGGCGUGGGCAAGAGCUCCCUGGUUCUGCGCUUCGUUAAGGGCACCUUCAGGGACACCUACAUCCCAACCGUGGAGGACACCUAUCGGCAGGUGAUCAGCUGCGAUAAGAGCGUAUGCACUCUGGAAAUCACAGAUACCACCGGCAGCCACCAGUUCCCUGCUAUGCAGCGUUUGUCCAUCUCCAAGGGCCACGCCUUCAUCCUGGUCUACUCCAUCACCAGCAGGCAGUCGCUGGAGGAGCUUAAGCCCAUCUAUCAGCAGGUGCUGUCCAUAAAAGGCAACGUGGAGAACAUCCCCAUCAUGCUCGUCGGUAACAAGAGCGACGAGACCCAGCGAGAGGUGGAGACCAAGGAGGGCGAAGCUCAGGCAAACAUCUGGAAAUGCGCGUUCAUGGAAACAUCGGCCAAGACCAACACCAAUGUGAAGGAGCUUUUUCAGGAGCUACUCAACCUGGAUAAGAAGCGUGACAUGAGCCUGAACAUGCGCUCCAGCAAGCAGAGACGUGCAGACAAGCUGAAGGCCAAGUGCAGUGUGAUGUAGAAGGCGGAUCCACUAUCACAUCGCUCAGCGUGUAACUGACUCCUCGAAAAUGUACAGAAGUUCCUCACCUUAAAUCGCCAUCCCUCUCGGUCGUAAUCAGGUAAUCUUUAGUGCACAUUUGAACCGUCAAACAUUUCCCUUUACUUUUGUCUGUUCUGGCUCCUGUAGUGACUCGGUGUAGAAAACUAUAAGAGCUGACACAUGAAGCAGAGAGGAUGUCUCAUGAUUAUCAUACACCCUCGCUCUACUGCUUUGUGUUGACUUUGUAUUCAAUUCAAGACAGACCGUAUCAUCAAUGUGGCCAUUUUUAUGUAAGGCUGUGUCUGUGAUGGUAGCUGACUGAGUUGAAAUGCAGACAGAAAUGUCUUGAACUGGUUCUGCAUCGUAUGGGAUUCUCAUCCAAAGAUAGAAAAGGCCUGAGCACAGCUAAAGAGGCAACACUAUCUGCUCUUCCAAAGUACAUACUAUAGCAGCACAAAAGUCUAUUACAAAUCAGAAAAUAUUUAGGGACGACGGACAUUUUUAGUUACCGGCUUGCCAGUGAUGUAACCUGGUAUAACAGAGUAAAGUGCAUAAUGCAUGUCUGAUGAUAUAAAACUAACUUCAUAUUAAAUGUGAUUGACAUUUUUUCAUCAAGAACAGAGCUAUACCUAAUUGAAGCACAGUGAGUACGUUCUAAAUGUGAUAAUUUCUAAAAGCUUUUUUUAUUUUAAUUUUUUGUGAUGGGGAAGGGUUUGGGGGUUGUCGAUUGGUGUUUUUAUUGGUUUUGUUUUACUCUGAUUUGUUUUUCAAGCGCUUAUGGCACUUGGAAAUCUAAAUAUAUGCAUUUUAUCAUUUAACUGAAACAUAUAUCCUGUAUGUGAAAUAUAUGUGUAUUAUCAGCACUAAUGAAAGCCCCUGUACAGCCCUAGUUUUUCUGUCAGUGUCUAUAUUUCCUCUGAUAAUUUAAUGCCAUUUGCUUUAGCAAUACAUGAUAUAAAAGCACUUUUAGAAUCUUGAGCACAUUCAAAACACAGAGCGUGAACCUUUACGAAAAUGUUGUUGUAAAGCACUCUGCGUUUACAACUUUACUGCAGAUACAGUGUUCAUUCAAUAAAUAUUGUGAGGGACCAGAAAAAUAAAGAAGCACAAACAUAAGGGAAACAGUGACUGCUUGUGUUCUUUU